AUGUGUGACCCUGAAGAGGCAGCCCUGCUACGGCUAGAGGAAGUCUUCUCCUCCACCCUCGCCCGCAUCAACAGCCAUCUCCUCCAGCCCCUGCUCUUGAACGGCCCAGAGCCCUCAGACCUCUGGGGCUGGGAGUGCCUGCAGCUCUUGGAGCAGCUGCACACAAGCUCCCAGCGGCUCUGGGAAGUGACCGAGGAGAACCUGCAUUCACUACGCGAGAGGCUGCGUCACCCGGACUCCGUGGGGCUGGAGUCCCUACUGCUGCUGCACAGUGCUGACCAGGUCCUGCAGGCCCACUUGGAGUACAUUGAUUCCUACACGAACUGCAUGGUGCUGAAGGCCUUUCAGAAUGCAGCAAAAAGCAAGAUUAAGUACUGGCGGGCCCAGCGGAAAGUGGUGCUGCAAUUCCUGUCAGAUGUGAGCUCCCAGAACACAGGGGGUCCCGUGCUGGGCCAUGCCCUCCACCAGCCGCUUGUCCACCAUGUACAGCAGUAUGUCCUCCUCCUGCUGAGCCUCGGGGACACUGUCCAAGAGAGUCACCCUGCCCGGCAGCUGGUGGUGCAUGCAGCCACCCUCUUUGGGAACCUGCAGUCCUAUAUGAGGCAGGCACUGGACCAGGCAGAGGACACACAGGCCCUCUGGUCCACCCUGAGUGACCGGCUGAGGAAUGAGCUCUACACCCCAGCUCGCCGGCUCCUGCAGGACAGCCGGGACAUUUCGGUGAUGGUCUCCCCACUGCGGGCGGACCGUGUGCUGCUAUUUGACGAUGCCCUGGUCCUGCUGCAGGGCUACCGUGUCCACACCUUUGAUCUGAAACUUGUGUGGGUGGAGCCUGGAAAAGAUGGGUAUACCUUACAUGUUCUCACACCUGAAGAAGAGUUUGCCUUUUGUGCCAGGAACCCCCAGGGCCGGGUGGUCUGGCAAUGGAAGGUGACCCAGGCUGUGUGCCAAGCCCUGCGCGGGAAGAAGGACUUCCAAGUGCUGGAGGUGGGCCCGGAGCCACCAGAGCCCCCCAGCUGCCGCUGCGUAGCAUAUACCUUCCGCAUGGGGGGCCGACUCUGCCAGGCCACAUACGAGGGCGAGUGGUGCCAGGCCAGACCCCAUGGCAAGGGAACCCUAAAGUGGCCAGACGGGCGGAACCAUGUGGGGAAUUUCUGCCAGGGCCUGGAGCAUGGCUUUGGCAUCUGCCUCGUGCCCCAGGCCACUGAGGACAAGUUUGACUGUUACAAGUGCCACUGGCGGGAAGGCAGCAUGUGUGGCUACGGCAUCUGUGAGUACAGUACAGACGAGGUGUACAAGGGCUAUUUCCAGGAGGGGUUGCGGCAUGGAUUUGGUGUUCUUGAGAGUGCCUUGCAGGGCCCCCAACCCUGCAAGUACACGGGCCACUGGGAGCGGGGUCAGAGGAGCGGCUAUGGCAUCAGCGAGGACAGAGACAGAGGCGAACGCUAUAUCGGCAUGUGGCAGGCUGACCAGCGCCAUGGCCUGGGCGUUGUGGUCACCCAGGCAGGCAUCUGCUACCAGGGGUCCUUCCAGCUGGACAAGACAGUGGGCCCAGGGGUCCUCCUCUCUGAAGAUGACUCCCUUUAUGAGGGCACCUUUACCAGAGAUUUGAGUCUCAUGGGCAAGGGCAAGGUCACAUUCCCAAAUGGCUUCACCCUGGAGGGCUCCUUCAGCAGUGGGACAGGGAGAGGACUGCAGACCCAGGGGAUGCUGGACACAGCUGCCCUCCCACCUGACCCAAGCAGCAUCCGUAAGCGGCAGCUGGGCUUGGGUGCCUUCCCUGUGGAGAGCCGCUGGCAGGGAAUCUACAGCCCUUUCUGGGACUUUGUGCAUGCUGGUUGCCCUGGGGACCUGCAGGAGGCCCUGCUGGGCUUCCACAUACAGAGCUCCAGGGAACUGCGCAAGUCCCAGGAGUACCUGUACUGUGACAGAAACCACUCCAAGGACAGUAUGCACAGUAUAGAAGAUAUCUUGGAGGAGCUACUGAAGCACCGGGAGCCUAAGGCCCUGCAGCAAUACCUCAAGAAGGCUCUGAGCAACUCGCUGCACCCCCUAGGAAAGUUGCUUCAGACAUUGAUGCUGACCUUCCAGGCCACAUAUGCAGGUGUUGGGGCCAACAAGCACCUACAGGGAUUGGCCCAGGAGGAGGUGAAACAUCAUGCCCGGGAACUCUGGGCUGCGUACAGGGGUCUGCUGCAGGUGGCCUUACAGCGAAAGGGACAGGCCCUAGAGGAGGAUGAAGAUGCAGAAACAAGGGAUCUCCAGGUGCAUGGGCUGAUGCUGCCCCUCGUGUUGCCCAGCUUCUACCCAGAGCUCUUCACACUCUACCUGCUUCUACAUGAGCUGGAGGACAGUCUCUACAGCCAGGGCAUCACCCACCUGAGCCUCUUCCCUGACACCAAGCUGCUGGAGUUCCUGGAUGUGCAGAAGCACCUGUGGCCCCUCAAGGAUCUCACACUGACAAACAAUCAGAGAUACUCCCUGGUCAGGGACAAGUGCUUCCUGUCAGCCACUGAGUGUCUGCAGAAAAUCAUCACCACAGUGGAUCCAAGGGAGAAGCUGGAGGUGCUGGAAAAGACAUAUGGGGAAAUUGAGGCGACUGUGUCUCGGGUGCUGGGCCAAGAGCACAAGUUGCCCAUGGAUGACCUACUGCCACUACUCAUCUAUGUGGUGUCCCGAGCCCGAAUCCAGCAUCUGGGAGCUGAGAUCCACCUGAUCCGGGACAUGAUGGACCCCAUGCAUAUAGGAGGCCUGUACGACUUCCUGCUCACCGCUCUGGAGUCCUGCUAUGAGCAUAUCCAGAAGGAAGACAUGAGGCUGCACAACUUGCCUAGCCGCUGGAACUCCAGGGAACUCUGGUAG